ACUAAUCCCUCUCUCAAAAACCCGCGAAACCCAACUGCAAUCCGCCAAACAGAGUGAAAAUGGAGACUGCUUCAAAUCCAAUCGGCGUUCUCCUACUCCGGCCGCUGUCGCCGUACAUCCAGCAAGAGCUCUCCAAACGCUACGCCCUCUUCAAAUUCUGGGAGUCUCCGCCGCAUCUCCGCCGCGAUUUCCUCGGGGAGCACUCGAGCUCGAUCAGGGCGGUGGUCUGCAACGGCGUGCAAGGCCCCGACGCCGAGAUGAUCGACGCGCUUCCGCUCCUCGAGAUCGUGGCCAGCCACAGCUCCGGCCUCGAUAAGAUUGAUCUGGAUAGGUGCCGGACGAGGGGCAUUAGGGUAACUUACACCCCCGACGCGUUGACGGAUGAGGUGGCGGACAUGGCGAUUCUGCUGAUUUUGGCUACUUCGCGCCGGAUUUGUGCGGCGGACCGGUAUGUCAGGAGGGGCGAGUGGAGGAAUUCUGAUUUCAAGUUGUCCUCGAAGUUCAGUGGGAAAUCAGUUGGUAUUAUUGGAUUGGGAAGGAUUGGCUCAGCCAUAGCUAAGAGAGCUGAAGCUUUUGGGUGUCGAAUCGGAUACCACUCUCGUUCACCAAAACCAGAUUCAAGAUAUAACUACUACACUUCUGUCACUGACCUGGCCUCGGACUCCCAAAUCCUUGUUGUGUCGUGUGCACUAACGCCUGAAACUCACCACAUUGUCAACCGUGGUGUCAUGGACGCGUUAGGUAGAGAUGGGAUUAUCAUCAACAUUGCAAGAGGCUCCCACAUUGACCAAGCUGAGUUGAUCUCUGCCCUUGCUGAAGGCAGGUUGGGAGGAGCCGGUCUAGAUGUGCUGGAACACGAGCCUGAGGUGCCUGAUCUAUUAGCUCAGCUUGACAAUGUAGUCCUCUCACCACAUGGCGCAGCUAGCACAUAUGAAACACGCAAGAGACUGGCGGACCUCAUCAUUGGACACCUGGAAACACAUUUUUCAAACAAACCGUUGCUUAAUCCUGUCAUCUAAGAGUCGCACCACAGCUGAUAAGCGACAGCAACUCCGGCGGUGGCGGCUCCGGCGGGUGGGAUCUCAACACGUUUAACGAUUGGGAGACCAUGUACAACACACUGGGUGGUUCCGGUUCGUCGACGUCGGGCACCCAGGGUUCGGCGACGCCGGGUGGGUACCAACCAGUGUUGUUAAAAUCGCGCCCCGAGCGCGCUUGGGUCGCGGGUCGCAAGGGUCGAGACCGACAUCGCCCCGAUGCGGCGGGGUCGUGCGAGAUCCGUGGAGCGACGGUGGGGCGCGCCUUGGUCGCCUGGGUCGCCGUGGGUCGCUUGGGCCAUCUGGGUCGCCGUGGAGCGAGCCGAUUUUUUCUUCUCCUUUCUUCAUCAGCCACCACUCCUUCGACGUGGGUCUUCUUCAGCAAAAGCAAAAAUCACUUUAUUCUUCAGCCACCACUCCUUCGACGACUCGACGUCCAGAUUUUCAAGGUUUAUCUAUAUGUACAAGCAUCAAAGUUUUUUUGUAUUCUCCUAUUUUCCAUCGUUUUUCUUGGGUGGACUCAAAUUAAAGUUUGGCUUUUUUAUCUUUCUUGCAUCGGGGUUUGUGAAAAAAAUGAGUGUAGAGGUUGAACAUGAUUUGGCAAGAGGAGAAUGAGAGUUGGUACAGGUGUAAUCUUGUCCAAAAUCCCAUAAUCAGCUUGUGGAGUUUUGAUUUGAAUAAUAAAAAAGGUGUCAGGAUUAAAUAUUC